CUGUAAAAUCUCCGUAUCAUACAGACCUUACCGUUAAAGUUAAGAAAUAUUAUCAAAACUUCCGCUACUGGCCAGUAGAAUUAUCACAGUAAAUUAUCACAGUGCAAAAACUUCGGUGAAAUCACAGCUUGUAAAUGCUCCAAAAGUUAAGGGGCGAAGUAGCCUCGCUCGUGCAGCCCCGCCCUGCACGAGGCGCUGACUGUGAAUGGAGCGAGAGCUACGUAGUCGCCGCGCGAGGCAUGUGCUGAAGCAAGGAGAGAGAGAAAGCGCGCAACAGAAAAUCCACCGUGACUCUGGGAAAAAAAAUCAUGCUAGCUCAACUGGGCUGAACAACACACUAGCGUUACAGAGGGAAACAUCUACCAUGGAGCUAUGCCGGCGUAUUCCCGACCUCAGCAGCACUGCACAACACAGCGACAGCAGCAGCAACUCUUCAAGUGAUGCGGUGUCUGAUUCUUGCCCUUGCCGCUCGCGUUGGUAACAGUCCGGUGGGAACGGGGCAGUCAAGCAUAAAGCAGAAUAACUUGCAAUUGUCAACUUUUCAGUGAGAGGACGGCGGAGCAGCGCACGUAGGUGUGACCGUUUCAUUUCUGCUUUCUGACUGUGACGGAGGGAGCGCGGGACGUUUGUCGACUUCCAGAGGUUUUGAUGUAAUUGCAGUCUACUGCGGAAAUGUUGCGCCUUUCAUAGUUUCAGCUGAGCAGGAGUGUGAAGAGGUCGCUGGCUGCUGAAGAAACUGGAUGGACUCACUGCCUUCUCUCGUAGGUUACCCGCAGCAUUUCAACAACAGUCUGCUGAACCUGGCUUUGAUUUUCAUGUGCGAGCCGAUGCGUGGAAUUCACCGUUGUGAUUUAUGGAAGUGAGCGAUUUCAAGCUUAAAGACUAACGACUGACUGACUGGAUUCUCGCCAGCUAAUGAGUAGUUACCACUGAGCUGUAAAGAAGAGGAAAGUUUAAGUUAGUCUGCGGGACUGGGAGAGAAUGGACUGGAAGGACCGCUGCACGCGCGUGUGGUUCUUGUGAUGGACCUGUCAGACAUCUCGCAUGGUGUUAAAAUAAUGUCGAUUCCUCCCAUUUAUUGGAUCAAGUGGAUUUUAGUCGACGUGGUGUCACUUGUUUGUGAAAAAGUGAACCACGGAUCGACCUAACUCGGCGGAUCAUUGGACCAGUAUUCUGAAGAAAAACAGUGUACCGCAACUUACCAUUUUAUGUGCCGGUGUAUCUCCACUUAGGAGAAAGAAUACAAAAUUCUCCUAAUUUUUUUAUUGAAGAAUUUCCUCUUGUAAACCCGUUGAUUCGUUAUAGUACCCGGUGGUACUUGACUGGGAAUUCCCCCACAUAAAGCCUUUCAUCGUAAUAUCAAAAGCAAAAAAACCUGGUGAACAGUUAUUACGCAUCACUCACAACAUCCUUUUUGUGUAAAGAACUACAGCAACCUUAUUGCCCUCUUGAACAACAUGGACAAGAACUGUAUCGCAUAUCAAAUGGAGUUGUCGCUGCUGCUCGUCGCCCUGUUAUCUUGGGUCGCUGUGUGGGCAGACGAUAGCAAGCUGAUCUCGGACCGAUACGCGGUCUAUUGGAACAGCACGAAUCCCAGAUUCCUUCAUGGGGAGUAUACGGUGGAGGUGAGCAUCAAUGACUACCUGGACAUCUACUGCCCCCACUACGAGGUUCCGUUGCCCCAGGAGCGUAUGGAGCGCUACAUCCUCUUCAUGGUGAACUACGACGGCUACACCACCUGUGACCACCGCAUGAAGGGCUUCAAGCGCUGGGAGUGCAACCGGCCCCUCAGCCCCAACGGGCCCCUCAAGUUCUCCGAGAAGUUCCAGCUCUUCACGCCCUUCUCACUGGGCUUCGAGUUCCGCCCAGGACACGAGUACUACUACAUCUCCUCCCCACAUCCCAACCUGGCAGGGAAGCCGUGCCUGAAGCUGAAGGUGUACGUCAAGCCCACGAACGACUCUGUGUACGAGUCUCCCGAGCCCUUCCUAACCGAUGACAGCACGACUGGAGGCAGCUGUGGUUUCUCCCCGCGUCUCUCCAUCAUGCUCGCCAUGCUGCUGAUGCUGCUGGGGUCGUCGUCAUAGCAGCGCUGUGACAUGCCAUCGCCUGACCCCACCCCCCAAACCCACCCCCUCCUCCUGCUCUGCAGUCACAGCACUUCUACACCCCCACCCCUCCCAAAAACUCUGCCCCCCACAUCGCCGUCC